AUGCUGGAGAAACUGGAAGGUAAACUACGAGCAGAUGAGAAAGAACUGAUGAGAAGAGUAAACGGGGUUUCGAUUACAGAACAAUGUUUGAAGGAAUUGGAAAAUGAUCUUAAAUCAAAGGAACAUAAAGAGAAGACUUUGCAGGGAAGGACCAAAGCUUGGGAGGGAAGGGAACAAAAGGUUUUUGAUGCGGAGAGGAAGUUGCAGAGAAAGGAAAGUGAACUUCGUUCAAAAGAGACCCUUUUUGAGGGAAGGAAAAUUGAGCUAAGGGAAAAGCUGAAACUUGUGGAGAGGAAAGAAAAAGAUAUUGCUUCCAAAGAGAAAGAUUUGAACAGAAAGGAAGAUGAAAUUUGUUCCAAGGAGAAUUCUUUGAAGACAUUGGCAGAUAGAUUGAAGAGAAAGAAAGCUGAGUUCGAUGCCCUAGAAAAUGCUUUAAAGACAGAGGAAGACAAUCUUACUUUGACCUCGAAAACCUUAGACACAUUGAAAAAUGAACUUGAUUCCUACAAGAAAGACUUGGCAGCAAUGAAAUAUGAGCUUGAUCGGAAGGAGCAUAAUUUGAAGACAAGGGAUGAUGAGCUUAAUGCAGAGAAGCAACAAGUGGAGAAACUUAAAAGCGAGCUUGAUUCGACAGAUGCAAUAUUAGACAGUUGGGCAAAAAAGCUUUAUCCUGAGCAAGAAGCUUUUGAGAGCAGUAAAAACGAGUUCAAAAGGGAAAUUGAAGCAUUUAAGGAGCACAUUCGGAAAACAUAUUCCAGCCCACUUGUUGAAGACUCUGUUUCUCCCAAUCCUGCUCCAUCUUGA